AUGUACCACCUCAUCACCGGCUUGUACGCCGAAUGGACCAAGAAGCCGCGCUACAACGUGCUCAUAGUCGGCACAUCCGGCGUCGGCAAGUCCUGCAUCCUGGAAAAGAUCAAGAGCCUCUACCUCAAGCGGCCAGCGCUACCGCCAAACAAGAUCGCCCCCACCGUCGGUCAGAAUGUGCUCGAGCUGACGCUUCCGAACAUGCACCUGCACUUUUGGGAUCUCGGUGGGUCUCCAUCGGUGCGCACGCUGUGGAGCAAGUACUACGACGAGUCGGAUGCGGUUGUAUGGGUUGUCGACGCGCGGCAUUUCGUUGCUCUCGAUGCGCAGAGGCAGAAGAAGCAGCAGCAAGAGCAGGGGGAUGUAAAGGGCAAAGGCAAAGCUACUGCGUCCGAUGCAGGGUCAGAGGCAUACGAAGCGCGGGAAUCGUCGUGGAAGCUCCUCUCUGAGCUGCUCGUCCAUCCGAGCCUGGAGGGUCAACCCAUCCUCAUCGUGGCCAACAAGACCGACGAGUGCGAAUCAAUAUCUGCCGACUUUGCCCGCACCAUCAAAGACUGGUUCGCCGAAAAGCUAGCCCGCAUCGAUGGAGACCCGACAGCAUCGACAAUACCUGGCUCCUUGUCGACCUCUCGACAGAACGGGAACGUCUUUGCGGACGACGAAGAGGAGCCUUACCGCCCUCCGGCGUCUGCAGGAUCGACGUUGAACGACAAGGAGUACGAGUGGGACGUGAUCCUCGCGAGCGCUACUGAAGGGUGA